AUGCAAGUAGUUGACUACGACGAGGAUGUCGAAGGCUUCCAGUUCACUCGAGCGGGUAACACCAAGAAAUCGAAACAGACGAAUGGAACGGUAUCAAACGGUGUUUCAGAAGGAAGCUCGACAUCAGAGCUUAAGACCACUACUUCCAUUCCGCGGCAGAAGAAGAAGUUGGUCACGACGCGAAAGCAAGCGACGAAUGGUGUUAUAGAACCGUCUUCAGAACCUGUAGAUAAUAAAUCUGCGCGAACCAAAACAAAGCGGUUGGCUCAGGAGGCUGUUGACCCUAUACCUCAAAAGCAAUCAAAAUCUCGGAACAAGAUACCUGAAUUUGAGCCUCCUCCCAUUAUUGUGGCUAAGAAACGGAAACCUGUAAAGGCGAAGGAUCCAGAGCUGCAUGAACCCCAACAACAGCAAAGACAAGAAAACGGGGAAGCCAUACAAAGUUCGCCGGAAGACUUACGCGAUGCUGGUACAAAAAUUGCACUACCGUUUGCGGACACACCCGUCAUUCAAAGAAAUAAGGAUAUGAGGAAGGAGAAGAGUCGCAAAGGUCAAAGAAGAAGUAGCUUGAGUCUUCGAGGACGCAGAGCAAGCUCGUUGAUUGAUAGCGGUACUUCAAAUGGUGCGGUUGUCCCUGGAACAUAUUUUGCCCUUCUAGGGAAUUGCUGA